UCCUCACCAUAUUGCAGUGUGAAACUGUGGUGCACUCGAAAAUGGAAAACUUUGCUGGUAACUGGUAAGUCUAAGCCAUUUAUAUAGUCUGAAGGUGCUGCAAAAUCUUGUUGUUUCUAAGCAAUCCAACUGCUGGGGUGAUCAGCAUUCAAUUUUCACUUCCUCCGUUAAAUAGGGAGAGUUUUCAGGCUUCGUUUAGUUAGUAAUUAGGGUGGACUUUAUAAAGGGAAGACCUGGAAUGAGACGGUGUCGUAGUGCACAAAACAUAAUUCGGUUGGUUUCGCGAUUAUGCCCAUGAAACGACAACGUGCGUCACUAUUCAUCCUAUUUUGAACAACUUCCCUGUUGAGUGCCAAUUGCUGUUGUCUGAAACGUGUCAACGACGUGUCAACAAUAGAACUACGUGUUCAACAUUCCACUUCGCUGGUCCAGGACAUUUCCCACUUUAUCAGCUCAGCUCCCCGAACCAUGUUUUUCUGUAAAUGUAAACCAUCUUGUCUCCAUUGACCAUUUUAAGAUUUUGCAGGGUAUUGGAGAUGGCUGCUCCUAAGAUAGCACAUGCUGCGUAUCAGGGUCCUAAUGUGCUGAAGGACAUCUUUUAUGGGAUAAGUAUGGGCCUUGCGGCUGGAUUUCUCUGGAAAAUUCAUCACUGGAAUGUCCAGAGGAAAACCAAGGAAUUCUAUGAAAUGCUUGAUAGGGGUGAAAUAAGCGUUGUGGUGGAAGAUGAAUAGGCAAAUUCCAUAUAUAUACACUGUAUGUGUUAGACAAACUUCUGUACUCCUUUGUUGCACUGCAGGCUUUUGUAAUAAAAUUUCAUGCCUUGUAGAUUUUGGCAUAGAGAUUAGACAGAACUUUUGUGUCCCAUGUCAUGUGCGUUUCUAGGGUACUCUUCCAAGUUAAAUGGUCAUCCCCACAUUAUUGCUAGCGAAAAUCAUGAACUUGCAGAGGUGGUAGGCAUCUAGACAGAUUGUUUUUGGAGUUUUUCUGCUUGGAAUUAGUACUCUCUCAUUUUCUGCAGUUGUAGAGGUGCAUUUUUACCUAUUUUAAGCCCUCUCCCUCUCUUUGAUAUGUUUUUAUCUGAAUGCCUGUGGUGUAAUUUCCUUUUUA